AUGGCUGUGGCCUCUACGCUCUUCUAUCGACACCGCACCCAUGUAAUUGAUGUUAAUUCUUCACGCAACAAGGUGACGUAUCUUCGGGUAGAUGUCGGAGAUGCGCAUGAGAUCACAAAGAAAGUACUCCAAGCUGUCGCGUUCCUGACGGCUAUCACUGCGUUUGGAGCGGGAAGUACAAAUGCGACCGCCUCAAAGACGGCACUAGAUGAAGACAUUAAGCUCAGCAAAGCCUUCGGUGGAUAUAAGGGGGAUGCAUUUUCUGAUAUCGCUGGUAUCCGACUUGGGCAAAAUGUGAGUUCCAUCUCCAUCCGUGGUGAUAAACGGAUAAAUGCCAUCUCAAUUAAUAUUGGGAACCCAAUCGAAGCAACUUGGGAUCAUGGUGGACCUGAAGGGACAGCAGUAACACUUGCACUUGAAGCAGAUGAAUAUAUUUGUUCGAUGGAAAUUCACUGGGGUAGAAAGAAUUCCAACUUUCGCGUCUUUUAUUUAAACUUUACAACUAGUGCCAACCACAGUAUUGCAAGUGGAACUCAGACGAAUAAGGCUGAGACCGUCAUGGCUCCUGAAGGAUUUAAGCUCAGUGGGUUCUAUGGUCGUGCAGAUAACGAGGUGGAUCAACUUGGGAUUAUUUGGACACGGAGAUCGGCAAAAGCUGCGGAACUCCGAGAUGUCAUGGAAAGAGACUGGUAUGGCAAUCGUAUUCGCAACUGGGUGGGUCCUACUAUUGGAAAUCCGAAGGAUUCAGCGUGCUAUAGGAGAACGUUGCCGUAUAAUGCUACUGGGGUAUGUCCUGCAGGCUAUAGUACACACGACAAAGCUGAAGGCAAAUGCAUUGCUGAAUGUCCGCUCUCAUAUCCUGUGAGCUGCUUUUUGGAGUGCAUACCGCAAAAUGACAAUUGUUUCUUAGAGAUUGCACAGAAAGGCGUAGCUGUGUUGGCUGCGAUUGUUAACGUAGCUACAGCAGGCAUUUUUGGUGCUGUCCUGUCAUUUUACCAGUCUAGAAAGCGAGAAUUCUUUUGCUCGGCAAAUAUUGUUGGUGUUCUCAGGUCGCUUACGUAUUAUAUUAGAUUUCGACAAACUACUGCACCGCAUGGAACAGUUGAGGAACUUUUAGCGGUGGCGUAUCAAUCGGAUGUUGUCUUGGUAGACUUGCCCGUGGCAAUAUGUCAUUGCUUAGGUUACGAAGUACCAGCGACCAUGGUAUUUUCCGGUAUUGUGAUGAUGAUUGUGGAGGUUAUUGUGAAGCAAGCGAUUGUUAACGGCGACCAAAUUUUGUUCUCUGCACAAAAUGUUUUUAAUCUCUUGUACAACGUCAGCGCAUUUAAUUCGCCUCAUUCCAGCGUUGAGGAACUGCAGGAUCUCAUGGAUACCAACUCGACUUGUGGUUAUCAGCUCAAGCGUUUGACUGACCAUGUAAUUAUCUCCGUAAACACUUAUCGUAUUAAGCACCCAAAUGCUACAGUUAACGAUAUUCGGGUAGAUCUUAGCAGAUCAUCACUUGUCUUACAGGAGAUUCCUGCCGCAACGAACAAUUGUAUGGAUGAAUUACUUGCAUACAAAACGAAACAAGCUGCGUUUGAGACGCGAGAUUUAUUGCGCAAGACGUUUGGUGUAAUUGUUGAUCAACUUGUCGAGUCGGCAAUGACAGACAAAGGAAAUUUUGUCGCAGAGUCACAGUUUGUAUUGGAAGCGACAAACAUUGCACUAACAACGCUUGCUGGAUUAGAUCCAACUCGAAUUGUCUGGUUGGCAUCUCAAUUUGUCCAGCCAACAUGUGGACCUACAGCUUUGAUAGGAGAGAUCGAUGACGGAUCAUUGUACGAUGCUUUGGGCUUGAAGACUAUAGACGAAGCCUUUGUUGGAAGCUACGGCACAUGGACGAAAAAAGGAGACGGAAUGGUCAAUCUCAUCUUCACUAGCAUUGAUACGAAAGAUGUAUCGGUUGUUAUUUACUCUGGUGGCCACUCACUCACCGAAGUGCGUGUUGAAGCCGGUGGCAUGGCGACAUGGAAUUCGACUGUCAAGGAACUGCAAGACAAGACGAUGUAUCUGGAUCGCUGGCGCCCCAGUUUCCUUAACUUUCCUACAAAGGGAGGUGGAUCGCUUAAAUUAUGGGUUCCCAGGGCAUCAGAAGGUGGUCACUUGACCUUGCAUGUCCGAAUAAAUGUAGCAUAG